AUGUCAACCAAUUACGAACGCCUCACGCACUCAUCGAAGUCGCGAAAAGAUAGUGGUACUGCAAGUGGACUUUUCUCAGAAAUUGAUACCGAUGGAGACGGUGUAAUUGACCAAAAGGAACUUGCAAACUAUGUUGCUGGUUCGGGCUCUGGUUACAAUAGUCGUUACGAAUCAUCGUCGUAUCGAUCAAAACAUGAUUAUGAUGUUUCGGACAUUAGCACGAUUAAUAAAGCUGCUAGUUAUACUGCUGAAACCAAUUCUCUUUGGUCUAAGUAUGGUGCUGAAGUACGAGGUGAAGGUCUUUAUGUGGAUCCACAUCCACAAAUCAUUCGACGAGACAUGCCUGUCGAUGUCCGAACAUACGAACAACGCAUUCAAAUUCGUUUUUUUCAACCACCGCCUGCACCACCAGCAGGCCCACUUAUUAUCAAAGAAGUGCGUCCACCUCAACAGGCUCCAUUGCCUCCGCUUCGCAUCAGACAAGAAGAGCCACCUGCGCCUCGACUUCCUCCAAUAAUUCUUCGUGAAAGACCACCAGUACAACCAGAUUCUCUUCCAUCAGAAACAAUUAUCAAAAAGCUUCCUGCUUUACCACCUCCACCACGAUCGGUCAUCAUCGAACGCAUUCCAGCUCCACCCGCUCCACCACGUGACAUCAUCAUCGAACGUUGGCUUCCUUACACUACUGCUGGUGAACGAAAAACCAUCGUUGAACGAUCUGAAGAAACUAGAGAAUACGAACAGCCGCAUAAUGUCAUCAUCCAAUAUGAACCGACUAGCGCCCAAGUUGUUCGCAAAUUUCAACAAUUGGGCGUUACUCAAGAAAAUCCGAGAACGUAUAUCUCGCGUUAUGGAAAUGAAUUACUUGAUACUGACACUCUGAUACGGCAAGUUCGUGCUGCUGGUGUAGUUGAAGAUAUCUCNAUCCAAUAUGAACCGACUAGCGCCCAAGUUGUUCGCAAAUUUCAACAAUUGGGCGUUACUCAAGAAAAUCCGAGAACGUAUAUCUCGCGUUAUGGAAAUGAAUUACUUGAUACUGACACUCUGAUACGGCAAGUUCGUGCUGCUGGUGUAGUUGAAGAUAUCUCUAUUCCAGUGGGUGUAACAUCAGGUUCUAGUUCAAGAUAUCUUAGCUCAGAUAUCUCUUAUGGUGCUGAUGCUGAAACUACUCUAGGAAGUACCGGUUACCGAGGUGGUUAUAGUGAUGACGAAAGUAAUGGUUUUCGUUCAGUAACCUAUAAAUCAUCAUCGUACUCAUACGGUGCUGGCAAUAGUUCGAAUGUUGGUUCUACUGGUUUUAGUAGUACCGAAGCCAAGUUAUAA